AUGAACACGGACACCGAGACAGAAGAUAGGAGUGGAACACCCGUGCCAGGCUCUUCUCUUGAUCCAGAUUCCCCCAUGGUGGACUCUCCCAUCUACCCCCGGAGCCCAAAGAUCAACAUGGCUUCAAGGGAGGUAGAAGAAGAAGAGGAAGACGACGAUGGAGAAGCAUUCAUUACAGUUGCACCUGUGUCUGCACCUGCGUCACCUACUAAAGAAACUGUGAUUGAAGCCAUGGUAGAACCUAGGACGGAGCCCAGGCCUCGUCCAAGGAAAUCACUUAUACCCACUCCCAAAUCGAAACACGUCCCUAAAUACAUACCUAAACAAACACCCAAACAAACAAACAAACCCAGUCCCAGGAAAGACGACGGACUCUCUGACUUAGCUCAUGAACUGGAAGGCUGCACAUGGGAACAAUUGCAACAACGGUUUACUGAAGAGAUGGACGAAAGGUCUAAAGCUGAAAAUAUUCUGCAAAAAGAGACCGCUGAUCUCCUUGAAGUUAGUCUCGCUACUCUACUACGGUUUAAUGUUUUGUUCUAA